UUCAGCUGCGACAGGUUAGUAGCAAACUGCACAUAGUGACAAUCAGUGAGGGAAUGUAACUAAGCACAUUUACUGAAGCACUGUGCUUAAAUACAGUUUUCAGAUGUCUGUGAGUUGUUUGCAGUUCCACCAAAAAGACAUUUCUCCUCACAUGGUUUCGAGUAGCCGAGAGAAAGUGAAACCUCUUCUGACAACUUCUUGGACACCAUGGCCCCACACCCAGUGGUCCAGGCCAUCAUUGACCUCUCUGCAGGAGCCGUUGGGGGAGCUGCAUGUGUCUUCAGCGGGCAGCCUCUGGACACAGCAAAGGUCAAGAUGCAGACCUUUCCCAAUAUGUACCGGGGUUUCAUCCACUGCGUCGUGUCCACCUACAAACAAGUGGGUCUGCGCGGUCUCUACCAAGGCACCACGCCAGCACUGAUGGCCAACAUUGCAGAGAACUCUGUGCUCUUCAUGAGCUACGGCUUCUGCCAGCAGGUCGUCCGCUUCACGGCUGGACUGCACAGUGAAGCUGCGCUGAGUGACAUGCAGAAAGCCUGCGCCGGCUCUGUAGCGUCCAUCUUCUCCUCGCUGGUACUCUGCCCCACUGAGCUUGUCAAGUGUCGACUGCAAGCCAUGUAUGAAAUGGAGGCAUCAGGCAAGAUUGCCAAGAGCCAGAACACAGUGUGGUCGGUGGUGAAAUCGAUCAUGAGGAACGAGGGGCCACAGGGCUUCUUCCAGGGUCUGACCACCACCAUAGCCAGAGAGGUCCCUGGUUACUUCUGCUUCUUCGGUGCCUAUGAGCUCUGCCGCACCACCUUCGCAGACUACAUGAAAUGUGACAAAGACGACAUAGGUGUGGCUCCGAUCGUGUUCAGUGGUGGUUUUGGAGGGGCGUGCCUGUGGCUGGUGGUCUAUCCUAUGGACUGUGUCAAGUCUCGGAUCCAGGUCAUGUCUAUGACAGGCAAACAGGCAGGGUUUUUCAAGACCUUCAUGACCAUUGCGCGCACUGAAGGUGUGAGGGCACUUUACUCUGGUCUCACCCCCACCAUGGUCCGCACCUUUCCUGCUAACGGAGCCCUGUUUCUGGGUUACGAGGCCAGCCGGAAGCUCAUGAUGAAGCAGUUUGACUAGGGAUGCACGAUAUUGGAUUUUUUUGCCGAUAUUUCCAACUCAUUGUGGCCGAUUCCCGAUGCCAAUACCGA